UGGCACACCCACCAUUUUUGAUGUCCCAUUUUACAGCCGGUUUGUUGCCAUCUCGAAAUCUUUUGCAGAAAACAGGAAAAGAUGCUCGAAGCCACAUUGAAAGGAUGAGUGUGGGAGGGAAAUAAAUCUAAUUUGGAAAUCGCUUAGAGAUGCCUUGUCGAAAUUUCCUGUUUUUGCUACCCUCGUUCAAUUUAAGAUUCCUUGGCUGUUUGCUUCAAGGUGGUUAGCCCGGGGAUUUAACUAACCCAGUUUGGGGUUCAGCUACCCAAAAAUGACAUUUAGAGCGAUGCUGGUUUGUUUGCGGGGUUUUUUUUUUUUAGCCGUAAAAUAUUUCACCCUUCAUGGGAAAUUCUUCCCCUUUUCAAACUCUUUGGUUACCAGAUUUUUUUUUUUUCCUGCCGUGUGAAUCAAGAGGGAUUUUGAGACGGGUGGAGGAAUGGAAAUAAACUUGGAUGCGAUGUAGGUUUCCUUUUCCUACAUUUUUAUUUCGGCCAAAUUGCAAGCGAGAAAAACGCAGGAAAAAGUGGGGGGGAAACCCCCCCCCAUCAUUUUAGGUUUCUCAAGAGACGGCAUGCCAAAACACAAAAUGCAUGUUGGCAUGCUCCCACCCCGGACUAACCAAGAUAAAUACAAACCAAGUUUAGUGUCUCCUCCUUGUUUUUCUUUAAAUUCACUAUCGUGGUUUCCCCCAGCUCCCGAGGUUGUAAAAAAAAAUAAAAAAUUGACAUAUAUUCAUUGGGAACUCCAGUAGCUAACUUGACAUUCUGGAUUUCCUGGUUUUAUUUUGUUCCCAUGUAAGUCGUCCUCGAUUUACAGCCAACAAUUGGCAACAGAAUUUCUGUCGUUCAGCCAGUUUCUUGCAAACCGACAGGGACUAGAUGACCUCCAAGGUCCCUUCCAAACUCGGGGAUUCUAUGUGAACGUCAAAUAAGGCAGUUGUUCGGGAAGCCGCAGCCUAUUUUACAACCUGGCUGUUAAGCAAAUCACGGCAGUCAUUAAACAAAUCCAGCUUUCCCUGUUGAAUUUCCUGGUCGGCAGCCAGCUGCGAAGGUCGCAAAAGGGGACCACGUGACCCCAGGAUGUUGCAACCGUCAUGAGUACAUGCCAGUUUCCCAGCGUACGAUUUCUGAUCACGUGACCAGGAGGAUUCCAUGAGAGGGUUGUAAGUGCGAGGAACGGUUAUAAAUCACCUUUUUUUUCAUGGCGGUUGUAACUUUGGCUGGUCACUAAAGAAAUGGCUGUAAGUCGAGGACGACCUGUGCCCCUCCCACCCUGAGCACUCAGCCUUACCAACAGCCUUGCGAGGGAGGCUCAAGCCAAAACCUGAAAUGAGCUUUUUUAUUUUAUUUUAUUUUUUUUUAAUUACAGGUAGUCCUCGACUCACGACCAAAACUGAGCCCGCCGUUUCUGUCGCGAAGCGAAACAUUCGUUCAGUGAGGCAAUGGGUAGCCCUGAAGAUGACCUCAUCGGCAUACCUUUCCCGGAACACAGCAGCGAAUUACUGGGUCGCCUGAACGAGCAACGUCGCCGAGGGAUGCUGUGCGAUGUCACCCUCCGAGCCCAGGGCUCCGAGUAUCAGAGUCACCGGGCAGUAUUGGCUGCCUGCAGCCGCUACUUCCAAAGGCUUUUCGCCGGCCCCUGCAUGGCCGUGUGCGAGCUGGAUUUCGUGGGGGCGGAAGCCUUGGGGGCCCUGCUGGACUUCGCCUACACCGCCACCCUGACCAUCAGCACGGGCAGUCUCUGCGAGGUGCUGCGCGCCGCACGGAUCCUGGAGAUACCGUGCGUCAUCGCGGCUUGCGUGGAGAUCCUGCAAGGGAAUGGCUUGGAGGCUCCCGUGCCAGAUGACGCCGCUCGGGAACGCGCCCGGCGUUACCUAGAAGCUUUCGGCACGAUGCCCAACAUGGAAGGUGACCUAGCCGAGCCCCCCGCAUGUCCAGCUCCCCGCCGUAGCAAGAAAACACGCAAGUUCUUGCAAGCCAGAGGUUCGCGGCUAAACAACCACAUCACGGAAGUUUCUCCUUCAUUGUCUCCGUCCUCCACGGGAACUCAGGAGCGCCCCAGUCCACCCAACCAGGCGUCACCUGCCCCAGCGUUGGGCCACCCCCGUGAGGAGGAGGAGGAGGUCAUGGCCCCCUCUCGUACCUUCCCCUUCCCGUACGGUCUCUCCCCAGAAGAUCUGGGUUCAGACGAUGAGACCGUGGAUCAGGACAUCCUAUCCUACAUGCGUCGGCUAAACCAGGAGGGGCUGUCUGUGGGUCUUGAUCCCCCAGACAAGCUGGUACGCAAACGGCGUUCGCAGAUGCCCCAGGAAUGUCCUGUCUGUCACAAGAUCAUCCAUGGGGCAGGCAAGCUACCUCGUCACAUGCGGACCCACACCGGGGAGAAGCCGUUCGCCUGUGACGUGUGUGGUGUCCGUUUUACCAGGAAUGACAAACUCAAGAUCCACAUGCGCAAACACACUGGUGAGCGCCCCUAUUCGUGUCCCCACUGCACAGCUCGCUUCCUGCACAGCUACGAUCUGAAAAACCACCUUCACUUGCACACGGGCGCCCGUCCCUAUGAGUGCUGCCUUUGCCACAAAGCCUUCGCCAAGGACGACCACCUCCAGCGCCACCUGAAAGGCCAGAACUGUCUGGAAGUCCGGACCAGGCGCCGGCGGAGGGGCCCCGAUCCGGAGACCGAUUCCUUGGUACCUACCGGCAUCGCCUUGGCCUCCGCUCAACUGGGCUUAACCAACGGGCGCGUAGAGGAGCUACACAACUACUGGCCUGCUGGGGCGGCUGCCAGGUCACCCGCCCCCAAAGAGGAGGAGGAGGAGGAAGAGGAAGAAGGAGCUGUAGAGGGGGUGCAGAAGGAUGGCCCAACAGCAGUUGGCCCAACGGCAGUUGUCCAAACAGCGUAACUUCCUCGGACGGCCAUCACCGCAAAACUCGUUUGUGCACUAUCUCUAUUCAUUCGCUCAAACAGACCAUUGAUGGCGAGAUGAUAUAGCGUUCCCCGGACAUUGUCACGGAGACCAAAUGCACUAGGACCCCCCUUCACCACUCUCCCAAUUCUGUGCCUUAAGCAGCCUAUAAAGCCAAGGAGAGUGGGGUCAAAUGGACAGGGGGUCGACGGUGGGCAUCAAGGGCCAAUUGGUGCAUGUUUGCUCAGGGUGUCUCAAAUAAGCAUAUAUUUGCAGGGAGGGAAGUAUAGUCGAGUUUUGCUUCCCCAGCCGAUGAAAAACGAAUGGGUUGUGGGGCAGGGAGGAGCAGCACUCAGGGUGGGGGCUAUUUGGGGGGGGGGGCAUUGCUUCACAUUAGGAAGGAGAAAAGAGUGAGAAUGGGGGCAAUUUCUUCUUUCCCUUCUCUGUUAAGGAUAUCGUUUUAGGAUCGGGAAGGGAGAAGAGAGGCAAACCUGAUUCUUUUUCCUGUUCAGGGUGCAGAAAUUCAAUUCUAAACAAAUUUUCUUGCUCAGAGGGCCCGGGAUCCACUUGGAUGACAUGUCAGGGCUCAAUUGCUGCAUUUUGGGUCCCCCCCCCGCCAUUUCAGGAAGUUAAAAAAAGAAUAAAAUGUCUUCCCCCCUCCCCCACCAGAUCAUUCCAAACAGGCUCUCUACAGAACAGGGGGCCUGACCUGGCCCCCUGCUCUCAAUCCCAUCAUCCACAGACUGGAGAUAGGUGCGGUAUCCUUGUCCCCCCUUCCCCCGAGUAUCUUGCAGAUAGUCCUCGACCUAUAACAAUUCAUUUAGAGACUGUUCAAAGUUACAACAGCACUGGAAAAAAAAUGACUUUUUCACACUUAACGACUGUUGCAGCAUCCCUGGUGGUCAUGUGAUCAAAAAUUCAGAUGCUUGGUUCAUUCUUAUGAUGGUCACAGCAUCCUGGGGGUGGGGGUGGGGGUCACGUGAUCCCCUUUUGCGACGGUCUGACAAGUAAAAUCACGGGGGAAGACAGCUUCCCUUAACAAGUCUGCUGCGAACUUAGCAAUUGCAGUGAUUCACUUAACAAGAACGGUCGUUAAAACGGGGCGAAAACGCCCUUAAACAUCUGUCUCGCUUAGCGAUAAGACAUUUUGGUCAUAAGCCGAGGACUAUCUGUAUCCCUUAAGCUUGGGCCACGCAUGCUGCAUCCAGUCAGGCAGUGCGGACCCAGCCCAGAGACUUCACGGCGUAUUCCGUCGGGAGAUUCCCGCCCGAUCCCAGAAAUCCAGUUUAGGAAAAUGGGAUUCCUUUGAUCACAAAAUCCCCGGGCCUAAACUUGGCUGCCCCCUGGUGGCUGUCUUGCACAGUGCAGAGGGCUGCUCUCUGCACACUCCCUCCGAUCCUUUAUAAAGCUUUGCCUUCCCCACCCUCCCUGCAAUGAAGGGGAGGGGGCUGCAAGAAAACCUUCCCCCCCCCUUUCCUACAUCCGCCCUAAGCUUGUUGCAAAACAAUUAGCACAUAAAUAUGGGACGGGGGACGCUUCUCCCUGUAAUCCCAUCUCCCCCCUCCCUUGCUCAAACCUGCCCCUCCCCCUCCUCAACCAAAGGUACCCCGAGGCAGUUUGCACAAAACGAAUAAUUUUUUUUAAUUAUUAUUAUUUUUUUAAAAAAGGAAUGAUACCCCCCCCCCAACCUUAGAAUUCUUUUGCAUCCUUUUUCCUUGAAUUUCCUGACUCGAUUGCACUAAGAAAUGCCUUCACGGUGGGAAGUUUCUCGCUCCUAUCUUUGCACACUUUUUUAUUUUUAUUUUUAUUUUUAUUUUGCAUUUUCCUGGAGAUUUCCGAGAGAUUAAAAUUAGGGAGGGGUGUACGUGCGUUUGUAUGUGUGUGAAAACCACAAGAAGCUCCCGCCCUCCAGAAGUAUUUGCUGAGAGUUAAUCUGUAUUUAAGAGAGAUAAUAUAUUUUAUCCCCUCCUGUAUCCCACCCACUUCGAUGAAUCCCCAUCUCCCCUUCCCCUUCCGGGAAAAAAAGAGGAAAUGACUGAAUUUUCCUUAGCCUUACAAGUGCCUUUGCGUUUAAACUUGAAUUAGCUACUUGAAACCAAGAAAGGAGGAAGAGAGAGAGAGAGAGAGAGAAAAAGCAGGUUCCCAAUUAUUUUAUGCAACGUUUCCUGUCUUAUUUCCUCAGUUUCCCCGUUGGAAGAUUUUUUUUACAGUCUGUCGAGUAAACCUCUCCUUCUCUUACAGUGUCCUACCUGGCAGGGGUAGCGCUAGUCGAAGCGGGAGGGGGAAGAAAAAGCCUAGUUACUUGGACUGUGGAAAAAAAGGGGAUUGAUUGUUCCUGCUUCGGUUUUAUUUUUUUAAAAACGAUUGUUAUUGUUUGUGUGCUGGAAUUCAAGGGGAUUUUUAUUUUAUUUUUUGGGUCUGUGCCGAGGGCUUGAUAAUAAAAUGGAGAGCAGGGAACCGUU